GUAGCCAGUGAGUUGAGACAUUUCUGGGUUUUUUAAUCUUGUUUUUUAUCAGAGUUGUUACCUCGACUCGCUAAACUUGUUUUCUUGCCAGCGCAUGGUGCAGAUGAGGAUAGACGUUUGCUUCACAAGGGUUGUUUGGGUGUUUGGAAAGUAAUUCUGUUCUGUUCUGUUAAGCAGCAAUUCUGUAACAUGCUGCAGGACAUUAACACAGCAGUGGGGUUUUCUGGACCAUGUUAUGUAGCUUUGUGUCUGUAUUUCAUACAGAUGACAACGAUAUGUUGUAAGGUGCACAGCCUGUAUAGUUGCUUAGGUUAAAUUUCAAAUCUGUAUUUUAAAAAAAUGUUAAUCUGAAAAAAAGUGAUUUUUCUCUUAAAAGAAAAAACUGCUUGUUACUGUUGCAGGUAUCCUGCUAGAUGGCUUUAGCUGAUGUGGUAGUAAACCAAAGGGAUUUAAUAUAAUACCAGGGAGAGGGAGGUUGUUCUUGCUUUAAUGCUUCUCUACCAGAGACGGUGGGACUUCUUCUGUUCUAGGGUGGUUCCUGUUCACUGUCCUGUGCUAAAGUGGGGCAGAGGGCUCUGUCUGAGCUGAAACAGCCACUAAGAAGUAGCUGGAGAUGCUCCAGUUGUCCCUUCUUUGGCUGACUAGAGUAGAAUAUUCCUGUCCCUCAGCUCUUUGGGAUGAAUUAAGGCAGGUUUCAAUGCUGAGGCAGCUGUGGGGUCUUGUUCAAGGGUUGUGCCAAACCAGGAGGGUUUUGAAACAACAGACACCCUAUAGGAAACGAGUUGUCUUUUACCAGCACUGUGAUGUGAAUUUUCCCCUCUGUUUAUCUGUGUUUGCAUGUGCACUGCGCUCAGCAAUACAGUGAAUUGUCCUUGCAACUCACCUGCCCCUCCUGGUGGUAUCGCUCUUGGAUAUAAAGGCAAGAGAAAAUAAAUACUUCAGACAUGCAUUGGAAAAGCCAAAAAAAUAAUAGAGAAUUAAAUGGAUUUAAUAACUGACUGUAUUUUAGAUUUUAAUCUUGAAUCGCGUAGUACAAGACAAGAAUAAAUUUCGAAGGUAGAUUGGAGCGAGUAAUUUAAAUUACAGGUUGUAUGUGAUAAUGCAGGCUUGCAGGCUAGAUUUAGUGCAGUCUGACUCUUUGCUGCUUAGCCGUGGGAAAGCUUCUGUAACGCGUAUUAAAGACUAUAUGAUCAAAACAUAGCAGCAAUGCUAACAGGGAUUCCUAGAUAGUACGACUUUAUGCCAUAAUGCAAAAGUACAGAAUAGAAGUCUUGGGAUGAAGCUCAGGCUUUUUUAUAGUGCUUUUGGUCAAAUGAACUAUGAGGUUUAGAACAGUGUUUGUGUGUAGGUUAAAGUUUGGGUAUUAAAUUCUGUUUUAAAGAGGGUGUUAUGUGAGAACUUGUUUUGGUAAAUACACUUCCAAAGUAAACACCACAAGUCCUUCACAAGAAGUAUGGUUCCAAGUAAAACUGAGAGAGUUUUAUAAACACCAUUAGCUUUAAAUAGAAACUGAUUUGUGUGAUAAUGUUCCAUUUACAGAGUCACAGAACUGUUUGCAAUCACUGCAUAAACCUGCAUUCCUUGCUCCUGUUUCUCAGACAGGCUCAGACCUGGUGGAUGUGCUGACGUGUGUGACUGCAGUAGUAGAAAUGAGCGCAGGACAGCACCUGUGGGUGAUGAGGCUAGUCCAUGUCCUGGAGUUUGUUGCCCACUUGAAGCAUCAUUUUACAUCUGUUGUUUGUGUGUGCUGACAAGCGUAGAGGUUAAAGUUCUCAAAUACUUGUUAGACUCUAGUAAAAUGAUCACAACAAAAACGAUAGUGGCAACUGAGGAUACCUUCCCCUUCCAGUUCCGCGGUACUGCCUUUUCCAGAAAUGACAGCUCUCACGUGGUCUUUGCUAGAUGAGCAGAUUAUAUAGGACUGUAGAAUCAUUUAGGUUAGAUAGGACCCAGGAGAAGCCAAACCCUACCUAUUCUAUGCUCUUGGGAUCCAGGAAGCUACUAAAAAGUUGAAAUAACCAGUGACAAAAUCAAGCUUUUUUGCCUCUUUGCAAAAGAGCUAUUAACCAGGGAGAAUACUUUUUCUCUCUAUGCUUAAAGCAAACGCAGCUUGGAGGCUUGAUGCUGUUUAGCAGAAUGCCGUAUUUGCUGUCUUUGGAGUUGGAAGAGGAUAGACUGAUCCAAAUUGAAUUCUCUUCACAGCGUAAAAGACAGAACAGCUGAGUAUACCCCUCACGCAUACCUCCUCUUGUCUCUCUGAUCUGCUAGUGAGUACACUUGGGCAGCAGCAGUGGAAUGGUGGCCUGCUUUCUUGGCCUCUUUUGUACUUUGUCUUUCUGAGGAUGUCCUGGUAGCCUGAGCAACCAGCUUGGCACUGUGGACCGUUAGCAGUAUGUGAGCCAAAAGCCAAUUUAAAUUUUGGCAGUGGUGGGACAAUUUUCUACAUUGUCCCAAUACUCCCUAACUCCUUUGGCUAUUUAUUUGCAAUAUCCUGGAGAAGGCUUGUCCUGAAAAAAUUUUAAAACCUGAUUGUGGUGCUUGAGCUAAAACUCCUUCAGAUUUCUAAGGUUGGUGGUGUGAAGCUCGGCACUUCAGAGAAAGAAGAAAUUAAAAAUAUUCAGAGGAGACAGGAGCAUUAAGAGAUAUCAGCCAUAGGCAGCAGGUGGUGUUUGCAAUCCCUCAGAUCUUACAGUAUUAUUCUAUACUUGGUAUGUGAGCCAAUGCAGGCAGGACGCAGGAACAACCACAAAACCAUGGAUUAAGGGCAAAGAACAAAUUUAAUCUCAAUACCUCGUGGAUCUGGGAACCUCUGAAACAGCAUCCGGGCAGAGGCCGGCAAGCAGGGGGACAUAGGCACCACGGGGCAAGAGUCCUUAUUCGCAAGAGAGUCCUUGUUAGUGAGGGAGCAAGGGAGCUCCCACUUGCUGUUUGGGCCUGUAUUUGAAGGAUUCUGGCAGGCAGAGUUUUUUGCUGUGCUUUGAUCUCUUCAAAGCAGGGCAAGAAUCUCAGGCGUGUUUGAUAAGGCGCCCCUGAGUCCAUCCCAGGACUAUGUUAUCUAAGUGCAGACGUUCUACUUGUUGAGCACACAAACUAAGCAACAAUUGGUGUGAUGUGUUUUCCAGCACCCCACAUGCGAGUCGCUUGAGCAUAUUUACAGUCCUCCUCACCAAUCUUCUGUUACUUUCCCACACUUGGUUAUCUUCUUUUCUCACUCCUGUAGCAAUUUAAAAACUGAGUGCCUUCUAGAAGCCAGGAUCUAGCACUGAGGUGUUCAAAACCUCAGCUUCUUCCCUCCAUUUGCAUGUGUGUCAGAAGAGUGGCUGUUUUAAUCAUUGCAGGAGUUAAACUGACCUCCCACAAACAUGGCAGACGAGGAUCUUAUUUUUCGUAUGGAAGGGAUUGAUAAUGUUAGAUCAACUACAGCAAACUCUGAAAAUUAUCUUGAUGCUGAUAGUGAUGAUGAAGACAAUUAUUUUAUCUGUCCAAUAACUGAUGAUCCAGUUUCUAACAAGUCUGCCGGUAUCAAAGUUGACAAUUAUUAUAGCAACUUAGCAAAAACUGAGCAGUACAGUUCAAGCUCCUCUCCUAGAAACUCAUUUAGCUUUAAGAAUGACGCACAGCAUCGUUCUAAGCACAGCUCUGUCGUUGACCAUAGUCGGGAAACCUGGAAACAUGCUAUUCAGAAAGCAAAGCACAUGCCCGAUCCGUGGGCAGAAUUUCAUCUUGAGGAUAUUGAGAUGGAACAAGCCAUUCGUUACAGGUACAAUGCAGUUACGGGGGACUGGGUUGAAGAUGAAGUCCUCAUCAAGAUGGCUUCACAACCUUUUGGCCGUGGAGCAAUGCGAGAGUGUUUCAGAACGAAAAAGCUGUCCAAUUUCUUACACACACAGAACUGGAAAGGUGCCUAUAACUAUGUUGCCAAGCAAUACAUAGAGAGUGUAGACAGGGAUGUGUAUUUUGAGGAUGUCCGACUUCAGAUGGAAGCAAAACUCUGGGGAGAAGAGUACAACCGGCACAAGCCACCAAAACAGGUGGAUAUAGUACAGACCUGUAUAAUUGAAAUGAAGAACAGACCUGGAAAGCCUCUCUUUCAUUUGGAACAUUACAUUGAGGGCAAAUACAUCAAAUACAACUCAAAUUCUGGAUUUGUGCGAGAUGACAACAUUCGCCUUACUCCACAAGCCUUUAGUCACUUCACCUUUGAGCGCUCAGGACACCAACUCAUUGUUGUUGAUAUCCAGGGAGUUGGAGAUCUUUACACGGACCCUCAGAUCCAUACGGAGAAUGGUACAGAUUUUGGAGACGGCAACCUAGGUGUUCGAGGUAUGGCCUUAUUCUUUCAUUCUCAUUCCUGCAACAAGAUUUGCAAAAGCAUGGGGCUUGCACCAUUUGACCUUUCAUCAAAAGAGAAAGAUGCCUUGGAUUGUAAUAAAAAAUUACUUGAAUCUGCUCAGACGAUUCUCCGUGGCACAGAGGAAAAAUGUGGCAGCAGCCGGGUGAGAACAGUCUCUGGUAGUCGACCUCCUCUGCUCUCCCGCCUGUCUGAAAACUCCGGAGAUGAAAGCACGAGUGAUGUGGCGUUUGACUCUCUGCCCUGCUCUCCCUCCUCAGCAACCCCUCACAGCCAAAAGAUGGACGUGCUCAGUUGGCCUGUGUUCAAUGAAGUAGAUAACUUGGUUCACAAAGAGUAUGAUCAGCUUGAUAACCAAAGGGAUUUUGAAAACGGUGGAGACAGCGGUUAUCCAAGUGAAAAGAGAAGUGAGCAAGAAGAUCUAGAUCAUAGAGAGAGGGGCCAUUCAAACAACAAUCGAAGACAUGAAUCUGAUGAAGACAGUUUGGGAAGCUCUGCAAGGGUCAGUGUGGAGAAAUGGAAUCUCUACAACUCUUCCAGAGUCCAUAUCCACAGACCAUCCUGUGUUGCCCAAGAAAUUCAGAGGCUUAAUGCACUAGAACUUGAAAAGAAAAUUGGGAAGUCAGUCCUUGGGAAGGUGCAUUUGGCCAUGGUUCGCUAUCACGAAGCUGGGCGUUUCUGUGAGAAAGACAAAGAAUGGGAUCAGGAGUCAGCCCUGUUCCACCUGGAGCACGCUGCAGACUGUGGGGAACUGGAAGCCAUCGUUGGGUUAGGGCUCAUGUGCUCUCAGCUGCCACAUCACAUUCUUUCUGAGGUCACUCUGGAGGACACGAAGGAGAACAGAAAAAAAGGAUUUGAUUACUUGCUGAGAGCAGCAGAAGCUGGAGACCGGCCUUCCAUGAUUCUUGUAGCAAGAGCCUAUGAUACAGGUGUAAAUCUUGGUUCAGACAGAGUACGGGAUUGGAAGGAGGCACUGUACUGGUACAACGCAGCACUGAACAUGACUGAUUAUGACGAGGGAGGGGAAUAUGAUGGCACUCAGGAUGAGCCCCGGUAUCUGCUGCUGGCCAGAGAAGCAGAGAUGUUAAUGACUGGAGGGUUCCACCUGAGUAAGGAUCCACAGAGAUCAGGUGAGCUGUACACAGAAGCAGCGGAAGCAGCAAUGGAAGCCAUGAAAGGCAGACUGGCGAAUCAGUACUACCAAAAAGCAGAAGAGGCUUGGGCGUUGAUGGAAGAAUAACACCGCAAUUAAGCGGUUCUUGUGUACAAUUUUUUUUAUAUAGACUUGCUGCUUUUGCAGCUAAAAAGAUAGAUUUUUAUGUGGUGUUAGCAGUUUCUUUUUUUUUUUUUUGUAUUUUAGUUUUUGGGGGUUUUUUGAAGGGGGGAAAUCCAAAUGUAAGUGAUAUGUAGGGUGCCAGAGCGUACUUCUGCAGUGUUUUAAAGCUGUAAUACAGACACACGUGACCUUUUGUUGUUUUUUUAACUGUUAGAACUGAGGGGCUUAGGUUUUUUGAUGAAUAAUGAAGCUGAUGUCUAUUUAGGUUUCACAUGUCCUGUUUUUUACACAGCAGAUCAUCAGUGUGUUUACAUUUUCUUCUCUCCAUAUACAGAAAAACAUUUUCCUAAAUUCUCAGCAUUUCUUCAUCUUCUUUGGUGUUUCUCACCGAAUUUGCAUGUGAAUGUAAAUUUUCAAGUGAGGCAUACAGCUACUCAUUUUAAUAAGUAGUCCCAUUCUAUUAUGCUGGUGUCAUUGGGCACUUCUGUUAUUCUUCUCAAACAAAUUCCAGAUAGAACCCUUACAGUUGGGGGGGGGGGGGAUGCUUCAAAUUGGCAGUGAGGAUAUUCUGGGUGGAAUAUGUUUUAUUCAUUACCAGCAUUGCAUAUUUUAUCAUCAGAAAAUCACUGAUGUUCCUGAUGAGGUGAGGCAUCCAGCUACCCCUCUCAUUUUCAUUUUUUGCACCAUAUAAUAACAUUGUGUAGUUGUGUAAAAUUCUACUGAUUCUACAUGAUAUUUGUCUAAUGUUGUACAGUAGCAAGAUCUGUAAUAUUUGGAUAAUAUGAGGUUAUUUUUACAGUGACAUCUCAAUUCUCAGUGAAGCUAGAUCAUCUCACUUAAAAUGAGAAUACAUUUCCCACCAUUUCCAGAGGGACGUUUGAGAAGGUUAGAGGAUGUUAGUUCGUCUAUCUCUAUGUAAAGAAACUAAAUUAUCUGGUUUAAAUAGCAUUUAGCAUAAUGUUUUAUCUGCGAAUGGUUUCAGACAUCAGUUAAAGAAAGUUGCUGAGCAAAAGGAGAAAACAAUAUUAUCCUCAAACACUUGAAUUUCUCUGUUCCUGUUUGCAUAAUCCAAGCCAGUAAUGGGAGGACAAAUACACGGUGAUGGUUGAAUUAUUAUAUAGAGAUAUGUUUCUUCCAAAUCCAGUAUUUUAUUCCAAAGCUGCUGUGCCAUCUGUAUGGAUAGUAUAGAACCUGUUCCUGUUUCUUGGUCAUGGUUGACUCUGGUUUUGCAGGAGAUCAAGAUGGAAACUUUUUGUUGCCUUUGCCUUAGAGUCUCCUGAGGGUGUAAAUUGAUAUGAAUAAGAGGCAGCCCCUGUGAAGUGCUGAAUUGACCUAUAGUGCUCACCAGCCUAACUUUAGCCAAGCUUUUAAGAGCAUGCUUAAAACUAAGCAGGCUACUAGGUGAUGGACUUCUUGCAUGCAUAGUCAAGUAAUACUAAUUUAUUGUAAAAUGUAGGAACUGUUCAAGGAACAGAAAUCAGUUAUUUCUUUCCUGUGUGAGUGUCUGUCACUGAGCUCCAAAGUUGUGCUCCCCAUCUACUCUCUCUGGCAAGUGGAUCUUGAAUUAUUGUUUAAACAGUAUCCAAGCCUGAUGUUAGUAACCACUGCCGCUGUCUGAAAGAAGUGAUAUCCUGGUGGUUCAGGAAGUGAGAUGGGAAGAUUUGAAUCCUAUUUAGGAGAGAAGAAAAAGUUAUCCUUGGAUGUUGUACUUCUGAGUGGGUGCUGUAACCACCAGGCACUUCUAGCCAUGAGUAGCUUUGUGACACAUGGACACAUCUUCUUGCUGUAGAAUGCAGAGGGUGUGGAAAAGUAGUGCUCGUGGCCUGUUUUUGUUUCUUGUUUAGUUUUGAGAGUGAAGGUGAACCUCUUCACCCACUAGUGGAGGAACGUCUAAUUUCUAGAUGUCUGUUGGUCUUAGAGAUUAAGCUAGGUACUAAAAUAGCCAAAUUUUUUGGACCUAAUAUUUUUUGGGCCUAAUAUGCUGAAAUAGAGCCAGAGUUUGUAGGAUCGCAAAUCAGAUGUAUGUCUUAAGUGCCUAUCCAAAGUUCUGCUUUAGGUGCCUAAGGCCUCUUUUGGAUGUGGGAUUUAUUUCUCUUUCAGUUCAUAGUAUUAAAAUCACAAUUCUCAAUAAGAGGUUAAUGUGCCAUUCACCUCUGAAGACAGAUGGUCAGUGUUUUGUGCAGAACCUGUACUGUGUAGGCACUAUAACAAAAUAAGACAGAAAGAUCUGUUUUCAUCAUAAGGUGUUGAUGCCAAGCCUUUGAGAUCUUCCUUGAGAAGGAAGCAUGUGUAAGACCACCAACCACCAGGAGUAGGGAGCAGAAGAGAUUGAAUGUGCCUGUCCAAAAUGUGUAGGGGACAUAGAGUAUAAUUAUUGCCAUGUUGGUGUAGUUUAAUUUGCUAAAUUCAGUAGUUGCUAAAGUUGCUGACAGUUCUCAGUAGAUCCUAUAUGUAAAUGUGCACACAGCUCAGUGAAAAAAUCAUGAUGAUUAAUACUUUGUUUGCAAAUAUUACUUUUUCAGUGAUGUUGACUACCUUCUGUCUGAAGGUGGUAUCAUAUUAUUUAGCUAUACAAUAAAUAAGAUAAUUUGAAAAUGGAAAUUGUUUACAGAAAUAUGCACAAUUCAUUCUAUGACGUUCUUUCGAAGAGAAAAACUUAAAUAUGUGAUAGACUUUUGGAAUGAUAUUGCUAUAUGCUGUAUUUUUAAUCUAUUCACAAUGAAUAAAUACAAAUCUGUAUUUUUAACAAAUGUGAAAAUAAAUCUGAGGCUGAGGCCUGUCAGAAUUUACCUGGGUUCAGUGUUUCCCCAUGUCAGUGGGAGUAUCGCUUAGAUAAGGACAGCGAGAUGGAAGCCUUUGCACGGCAGGCAUGCAAAUACUGAUUGCCUGCAUCACUUAGUCCUCUCAUUUACUUUGUCUGUUUUCAUUCUGGCUGGUCAAUAAAGUUGUUCUUUUUGUC